UUCAAAUUUUAGUUGAAAAUUUCUAAACUUUCAUCCAAGAAUUCCAGAAAAAUGGCGAUUUCCGUGCAGCAAGUGAGCACCUACGCGGGAUUCUGCUUAUCAAUUCUGAUAAAUAGUAUUCUAAUGUAUAUGAUAAGGAAGAAAACGACAAAGCAGUUGGGAUCCUAUGUGUACCUUAUGCUGAGCUUUUCCAUUUUUGAGCUCGUUUUUUCUACGGUAGACGUCCUGAAUCAACCGAUGAUCUUCGUAAAUGAAGGGGAAUUCCUAUUCUUCAGUACAAACCCAUUGCAUCUUCACAAGACUGUGGCAAAACAUUUCAACUUGAUAAACUUUGCUUGCUCCGGAAUUAUCAUCUCCCUUCUGGCGAUUCACUUCUUUUAUCGCUAUUUGGCAGUUUGCAACAAUCAAGCCUGGCUGCAACACUUUGAGAUGCCAAAAUUCUUCAUUUGGAUCUCAAUUUUCGUGCUUUUCGGGCUGGAAUGGUAUCUGGCAACUCUGUUUCUAGGAGAAGCUAAGGAUACUGUUUGUGAAGUUGAUAUAGACGCACUUGUUGAGUACUACAAGGUAGAUCCUUUGACUACUGUAUUUGUUGGAAUAAAAUACCACGUGACAACUGCACCGGGCACCAUUUUCUGUGGAAAAUCGAUAUUGUUGGCUGUUAUUUUGCUUAAAAUUGUGGUAAUUUCCUGCUCAAUCGUAACCUAUUGCGGAAUCCGUAUCUGGCGUGAGAUCUCCAUCAAAAAACGUGUGGUCUCCCGUCGGACCCUCGACAUGCAACGACAAUUCUUCCGUGCUCUGGUGGUUCAAACUCUAAUUCCAAUUUUUCUGCUCUACCUCCCACUUGCCACAAUGCUCUUGGCUCCGAUUCUAAUGGCGAAUCUGCACAAAAUCGAUGUAAUCAUUCAAUUCUGCUUCGUUUUCUACCCAAUCUUGGACCCCAUUGCUGUUUUGAUAAUUGUCAGAGAUUAUCGAAGAGCUAUCCGGAAUUUUUUGGACGAACAGAUUUGGAAGAGGUUUCUGGGCGUUUUGUUGCCAUGGCUUUUGCCCAAUAGACCCAUUGAAGUUCCACCAAUGAUCCAUGUUCCACAGCCAGUUAUGCCACGUUUCAUCUAUUAA